UCGGUUUGGGGAUUACCAUGGAAUAUUUCCUAUUGACAAACACUACACCAUCACCCAUAUAUGGCAGUGUCUUCCUGUUUUAGUGUGUAUGACGGUGCAGGAUUUUUAAGAUGCUUAUGUGCUCUGAAAAUGGAAGGCAACGGAAAGACUGACUGUGAUUUGUUUCUCAUAUAUAUUUGUAUCCUUACUUUCUCUUUUACAUAAUGAAAUAUUUUGCAUUGCAAAAAUAGCAAAACAUUGGAAGCAUCAGUGAUUUAAGCACACUAUCAUAAAACAAGUAAUGAUGCAAUGUGAAGUGUUAUUUUCGAUGGAUGCCAGGCAGCGUUUCUUAACCAUUAAGUUUACAGUCUGACGUGCGUCCUCUCUCUGCUGUCUCCACAGCUGCAGUCCUGUAAACACUAUGAAAUUUGUUUCAACCCACUCCUUCCUUCUCUUUCUCUCUAAAACACCAAUACAUCAAACAGAAUAAACACCAUAAAGUCCAAAACAUAGCCUUCGUCACUUCUUCUAAUAUUCAUUUGCCACCUUUUGAUCCAGCCCAUGACGCAGAGGGAUGUGCUAGCGUGAUAUCUUCUUUUUUGGUUUUGAAAUGUGUUUAUUUUUCAAGUGCACGACAGCAGGGAAAGGCACGUAGGUUACGGUAAAUGUGUGAAUGUGACAAAAGGAUUUACCUCACUGAUGUGAGUUAGUUUGAGGUUUGUGGAGUCACAUAGCUGUGUGUUGAGGUAACAUGUAGAACAUUUCAUAUAAACAGUGACGCGGGAAUUUUCAGAAUGUAUUGCAUAUGUUAAAGCAUUUCACUUUAGGAUAUUUGGAAAUUUUAAAACAAGAUUAAUAAAUUUGAUAUUUUUAUAAAUUGAAAUAGACAUGAUUUUUCAAAGUUGUUAAACAAUAUCAUUGAACAUGUGUUCCACUCUGCUCUGGAUCCAAGUUUAAUAGGCAUAUGUAAAAAGGUGUGACUCAUACAUUCUCUUAUGAAGUUGGACCUCCUUCUCCUAACUGCUUUAUAAGAGCACCAAACUUCCUUGACUUUAGAAGUUCAUCACACAGACUCAAGAAUUUCAUAUUUAUUAUUUAUUAUUAAUUUAUUUUGUUUUUAUUUUCAAGCUAUUUAUGAUCAGUUUUCUUCAACAUUUCCUUUAUUCCUAAUUCAAAAUGUUUUUGUUUCUUUAUAACCUGUUUUUCUACCCGUUUCCCAUCCUUGUUCUUAUCCUGACAUUUCCAAUUUCCUGGUCAUUUUAUCUCCCUGAAUCCAAUCCAAUCUUUGCAUUCAGUAAUCCGCACAGAGAGGUCCAUCUCUAUACAGAAAAUCACAGGCAUGGGCUGUAUUUGCAGAUAAACCUGGAUGGGAGAGUGACUGGAAGUGAUGCUCAGACCCCAUAUAGUGUGUUGCAGUUAAAAUCAGUUAAACAGGGCCAUGUUGUCAUAAAGGGACAUUCAUCAUCCAUGUUUCUCUGCAUGGAUAGCAUGGGAAAUCUAAGGGGGCAGAGAGUAUAUGAGGAAGCGGACUGCUCCUUCAGAGAACUCCUGCUGGCUGAUGGCUACACCCGUUUCCUUAACUCACACAAUGGGAUCCCUUUAUCCUUGGCCGCUAGAAAUUCUCCUGAUCGACACUCAGUUCCUUUCACAAGAUUCCUACCUCUAAGGAAUACUUUACCAAUGGAGAAUGUUUCUGAGGAAUCAACAAAAGCUCAUAGGAACUUCAACAUAGACUCUGAAGACCUUUUUGGGAUAGGACAGGACACAAUGGUCAGUCCUCAGCAAUUUAUGGAUAAGUAAAAUUUUACUGCAAAAAGAAAAAUUAGGGCUGUUUGGGAUUUUAACUUUGACACAUGAGUUGACAUUAUUUAUUUUUCUUGUUGCUGUUAUUAUUAUUUGUUUUUCAGAAUGUUUCAGUGAAAUUUAUUUCGACUUAAGUUAUUUAUUUAUUUAGUUUAUUUUUUAUUUAAAUAUUGUUGAAAUUCUAAU